GGAUGCUGGACGAUUCGUAAACUCCACAGGACCCGUGGAAUAUUUUGAAUUAGCACCUAUCUGCGAACUGAGGUUGUAUUAGUAGUGAUUCAACCACAGCCCGGUGAAUGAAAGACUGAGAGAUUGAAGCUUGACGCACCGUAUCACUUUGGUGUAAAUUUGACUCUUGGUCGUUGGAAGAUGCUGUGCUGGGCUCCAGACUGUUGAGGCGCGUGUCAUUUAGGUGACACAGACACUUAACUUUACGGACUGUGUAUCAUUUAUCUGCUAUGUAAUUGGGAGCAAGUGGAUGUACAUGGGAUCCAUACAAUUACGAUCAGGUGGAUGUAUUCAACUGUCACGCAUGAUUGACGCGAAUUUAUAGAGAUUGAGAAAAUAACCCUGAAUUAAAUCUCAUCAGUAAUUCGUGUACGGUAUGCAUGUGUGCCUUGUUGAUCGGACGGAGCUGGGUAGACAAUCAUGGACUGUCAUCAGACGAAGAAUAUGCCAAUGCAUUGUAGGUUCCACAGUCGUAACGAUUGGAAUUGACAUAGCCAGCCUGUACGAGCGCCGGGGAAGUAUGGAGAGACAGGUCUAGAUUCACUCAUUCGGAUUCACCCGUUGAGAGCGAACUUUGGAAACUAAAGUGUUCUCCAUGGAAACUUUUAUGCAGGACUCCGACACACUCAAAGAUGACAGCUGACUCAGACCAGCAGCAUGCUUACCUGUGGAUAAGAGUGAUCCCCGUGGGUUGAGUGUGGACCCCCACGUUCUCCCUGCUCCUUCUCCUGCCUUGGUUCCCAUCACCUUCAGCCCCACUGUCCACAUGCAGGCCAAGAAGAGGUACCUGCUCGUGUCUCUAGGGGCCUGUCUUCUUCUGGUUGCCUACUUGUGGGGACUGCAGAUUGGGGAGUUCCAUCACCAAAGCCACCACCAGCAACUGUACAGAGUCGCCCUGAGCCCUGGCUUGCCCAGACAGCGUUGGCCUGAGUGGAUCCACCCGCUCAACACCUACCUGGAGGACGGAGAGCAGGAGGAGGACAGCCCUCUCCUCCACCACCAGCACACCUCUCCCCGGGAGAGACGGGAGGUCCGUAACAACAUAUACAAGAGCAGGAGGUGCCGCAUGGACACAUGCUUCGACUUCAGCCGCUGCCAGAGGGGGUUCAAGGUGUACGUCUACCCCCUGCUGAAGGGGGAGACGGUGUCUGAGAGCUACCAGAAGAUCCUGACAGCUGUCGAGGAUUCCCGCUUCCACACCACAGACGUCAACGAGGCCUGUCUGUUUGUGCUGGGCAUUGACACUCUGGACCGGGACCAGCUGUCAAGCCAGUACAUUCACAAUGUCAAGGCUAGAAUACAGAGCCUCCCUACAUGGAACGACGGAAGGAAUCACCUCAUAUUCAACCUUUACUCUGGCACCUGGCCAGCUUACACAGAGGAACUGGGCUUUGAUAUUGGCCAGGCCAUUUUAGCCAAAGCCAGCAUUGAUAUGGAUAACUUUAGGCCACACUUUGAUGUGUCCAUUCCUUUGUUUUCAAAAGACCAUUCUCAAAAAGGAGGGGACAAGGGUUAUUUGACACUCAACAAUGUCCCUCCAUCAAGGAAAUAUUUACUGGUUUUCAAAGGGAAGAGAUAUCUGACGGGUAUUGGUUCAGAAACCAGGAAUGCUUUGUAUCACAUUCACAAUGGGGAAGAUAUCAUUCUUUUGACCACCUGCAAGCAUGGGAAGGACUGGGAGAAGCAUAAGGACGCAAGAUGCGACAGGGACAAUGAAGAAUACUCAAAGUUCGACUACCAGGAGCUGCUUCAUAACUCCAGCUUCUGCCUGGUGCCCCGCGGUCGCAGGCUGGGCUCCUUUCGCUUUCUCGAGGCCCUCCAGGCUGCCUGUAUCCCUGUCCUACUGAGCAACGGCUGGGAGCUGCCUUUUUCCGAGAUCAUCGACUGGAGCAAAGCAGCUGUCAUCGGGGACGAGAGGCUCCUGCUGCAGGUUCCUUCAAUUACCAGAUCUGUGGACCAUGACAAAAUAUUGGCGCUCAGGCAGCAGACUCAGUUCCUCUGGGAUGCUUAUUUUUCUUCGGUAGCAAAAAUAGUAUUAACUACAUUAGAGAUAAUCCAAGACAGAAUAAAUUCACACGUAUCCAGGAACAAGUUGAUGUGGAAUUCGUUGCCUGGUGGACUGUACGUUCUGCCUCAGUUCUCCACGGAUGCUGCAGUGUUCCCCUUCUACUACUCCUCUCUGGGUAAGAUCCCGUCCCAGGAGUUCACUGCUGUUAUCCAGGCCGUGACUCCUCUCCAAUCUCAGCUGCAGCCCAUAGUCAAGCUCGUCAUCGCUGUUGCCAAAUCCAAGUUCUGUGCACAGAUAAUUGUGCUGUGGAAUUGUGACAAGCCUUUACCUCCGAAGAGCAAGUGGCCCUCCACCACCGUGCCUAUCACUGUCAUUGAGGGAGAGAGAAAGACAAUGAGCAGUCGCUUUUUCCCCCAUGAAGUGAUCCUCACAGAUGCUGUCCUCAGUCUGGACGAGGACUCUGUCUUGUCGACUAAUGAGGUUGACUUUGCCUUCAUUGUCUGGCACAGUUUCCCAGACAGAAUUGUGGGCUACCCAGCACGCAGCCAUUACUGGGAUGGCAGCAAAUCAAGAUGGGGCUACACCUCCAAGUGGACUAAUGAGUACUCCAUGGUGCUCACAGGGGCUGCAUUCUAUCACAGGUAUUAUCACUACCUGUACACUCACUACUUGCCAACCAGCCUUCUCACCAUGGUGGAUCAGAUGGCCAACUGUGAGGACAUCCUCAUGAACUUCCUGGUUUCUGCUGUCACUAAGCUCCCACCUAUUAAAGUCACCCAGAAGAAGCAGUACAAGGAAACCAUGAUGCAGCAGGGUUCUAAGACGUCCCGGUGGGCCGAUCCGGACCACUUUUCCCAGAGACAGACCUGUAUGAACUCAUUCAGCGGCUGGUUUGGGUUCAUGCCUCUGCUGCACUCCCAGAUGAGACUGGACCCUGUGCUUUUCAAGGACCAGGUCUCCAUCCUGAGGAAGAAGUACAGGGACAUUGAGAGGCUGUGAACCCCCCCC